CACCUGCAGAUAUGGUUUAUUGUCUUUUCUACCACGCUUUCUCUAUUACCAGUUCAAAAAGUACAGCAACAUAUAUUUUCUCAUGGUUUCUUUACUGCAAAUGUCUCACUUUUUCUUCACCUUUAAGCAAAUUCCUGGCAUCAGCCCCACUGGCCGUUACCCUACAGCUGUUCCGUUCUUAUUUACUCUUCUUCUCUCUGCCAUGAAGGAACUUUAUGAAGAUUACGUGAGAAGGAAGUUUGAUGAAAAAGUGAAUUGUAGAAAAACGACUGUUUUAAGAGAUGGAAAAUGGAUUAGCAAAAUGUGGAAAGAGAUUAUCAGCGCGAAAUAUUUUCCAUUACUGUUUCUAAGAAAAGUAGUCGUUGGCGAUAUCUUAAAAGUGCGUAAUGGUGAACUUUUUCCUGCAGAUCUAUUAUUGCUGACGUCAAGUGAAGGGAACGGAGCGUGUUAUGUAGAGACGUCAAAAAUAGAUGGCGAAACUAAUUUAAAAGUUCGCAGUGCUUUGCAAUGUACAUCUCAUUUGAAGAAUGUGAAGGAUAUCGGCUCGUUUUUUCGUGAAAUUGAGUGUGAAGAGCCAAACGAAAGUAUAAACGACUUUAAUGGUACACUUAUUACGGAGGAUGGUCAGAAGUGGUCUUUAGAAGUGGAACAAUUACUGCUUCGUGGUGCUAUUUUAAAGAUGACAGAGUGGGUUUGUGCCGUAGUGAUCUACACUGGUAAAGAGACAAAACUGUUAACAAAGUCUAAGGCGAUUCCAGUGAAGCUGUCAAAAAUGGAAAUGAUGACAAACUAUAAAACCAAAAUUCUCUUCAUGGUUUUGAUAAUAGUGUCUUUGCUAAGUGCAACUGCUGCCUGCAUUUUUGAUUCUCGGUUUUUGACAAAUGCGUAUUACCUCCCUUCGUCAGGUUUGUCGACUUCAUCUAUAUAUUUUACUGUUGAUAGGUGAGC